AUGCAGCGCAAGCGCCGACGGGAAAAGACGAUCCAGAACGAAGAGGCUAAGCGCGCCGAGGCACUGGCAAAGGCUGGCCAGGCUAACAACGAGGAAGAAAAGGAGCGACACCUCUUGGCUGCACAAAAGGCAGAGCGCAAGGCAAAGACGACCACCCAGCUUUUGCAGGGCAAUGCCCCCAGCAAGGACAUACGAGAAGUGACCCCGCAUGGACCCAAUCUCGAGGGUGGCACUAUGAGCUCUUUCCAGGCUUCCGACGAGGUAGCAGCAGGAGGAGGCAAGCGCAAGGGCAACCGAGGAACUGGACGUCUCAAGAAGAGCAAAGAACAGAAACAAGCAGAAAAGGAUGCCGCUGCUGCCGGUCAAGCGGCCAUUGACCGCGGCGAUGAUCUUCCACUCAUUGCGCCACGCGAAGAAGCACGUCUCGAUUCGCUGCGAGGCCGUAGUCACACUGAAGACCCCGCCCCGGUCGUUCUGACAACCUAUGACUCGACGGCCUAUCGCAACCUCUACCAGCAGAUUGUCAAGGAUCUUGCGAGAAAGGAUGUUCCCAAAGUCGUCCGUAUCAAAGAGAACUCGUCUUCUACAAAACAAUCGAAUCUGCGAAAGACGGCACAGCUUGCUGCCAAAGAAGCUCGACGAUGGCAGAUGCGUACCAACAAGAACCAAAAGGACACCCAAGCUAGAGCCAAGCGCGGUAUGCGUGAAAUGCUCGCGUUUUGGAAGCGUAACGAACGUGACGAGCGCGAGUCACGCAAGAAUGCGGAGCGGCAGGAACUGGAGAAUGCAAAGAAGGCCGAGGCUGACCGUGAAGCCAACAGACAGAAGCGGAAACUCAACUUCUUGAUCUCCCAGACCGAACUCUACUCCCAUUUUAUUGGCAAAAAGGCCAGGACCGCCGAGAUUGAGAGAUCGACUGAUGAUGCUGAUGCGGCCGCAGCUGCUCCCACCGAGGCAGGCGGACCUGGUAUCGACGAUUCUUCUCUGCCGACUGCAGCUGGCGGCAAGGUCACCAACUUUGAAGAUCUCGACUUUGACAAUGAGGACGAGACGGAUCUCAAGGCAGCCGCCAUGGCCAACGCCCAACACGCUAUCCAAGAAGCGCAGGACCGCGCUCGCGCAUUCAACAACGGCAACGGUGAAGAGGAGGAUGACGGUGAGAUGAACUUCCAGAAUCCUUCUGGUCUGCAGAAUCAGGAAGACUGGAUCCCACAGCCAAAGUUGCUGAACUGCACCCUCAAAGAGUAUCAACUCAAGGGUCUCAAUUGGCUGGUCAACUUGUACGAGCAGGGUAUCAAUGGUAUUCUUGCCGACGAGAUGGGUCUCGGAAAGACGGUCCAGUCGAUAUCGGUCAUGGCUUACCUGGCCGAAAGAUACAACAUCUGGGGUCCUUUUCUCGUCAUCGCUCCGGCUUCGACGCUGCACAACUGGCAGCAGGAGAUUACUCGAUUCGUCCCCGAUCUCAACGUUAUCCCUUACUGGGGUACAGCGAAAGAUCGAAAGAUUCUGCGUAAGCUGUGGGACCGGAAACACGUUACCUACACGCGCGAUUCGCCAUUCCAUGUCGUGGUGUCCUCGUAUCAGCUUGUGGUUCAGGAUGCACAAUACUUCCAGAAGAUGCGCUGGCAGUACAUGAUUCUUGACGAGGCCCAGGCUAUCAAGUCGUCACAGAGUUCCAGGUGGAAGAGUCUGUUGGGCUUUCACUCCCGCAAUCGGCUGUUGUUGACGGGUACCCCUAUCCAGAACAACAUGCAGGAACUCUGGGCUCUUCUUCAUUUCAUCAUGCCAAGUUUGUUCGAUUCCCACGACGAGUUCAGCGAGUGGUUCUCCAAGGACAUUGAGAGCCACGCACAGAGUAACACCAAACUCAACGAGGACCAGCUGAGGCGUCUACACAUGAUUCUGAAGCCGUUCAUGUUGCGCCGUGUCAAGAAGCAUGUGCAAAAGGAACUAGGCGACAAGAUAGAAUUGGACGUGUACUGCGACCUCACUUAUCGCCAACGCGCAUACUACGCCAACCUUCGCAACAAGAUUAGCAUCAUGGAUCUAAUCGAAAAGGCUGUCGGGGACGACCAAGAUAGCGCCACCCUGAUGAAUCUCGUCAUGCAGUUCAGAAAGGUGUGCAAUCAUCCUGAUUUGUUCGAGCGCGCCGAUACCUGGUCUCCCUUUUCUUUCGCCUACUUUGCCGAGACUGCAUCCUUCCUUCGUGAGGGCCAGAACGUCCGAGUAGGCUACUCGACACGCAACCUGAUCCAGUACUCCCUACCACGUCUCGUCUGUAGGAACGGUGGUCGACUGGACAUUGCCGGUCCAGAGAACCCCAAGGCCGGAUUCAAGGGCCACUAUCUGGACAACAUGAUGAACAUCUGGAGCCCGGACAACAUCCACCUUUCCGCUCGACAAGCUGGCGCAUUCUCAUGGCUACGCUUCUCCGAUCUGUCAGCUGGUGAAGCCUCGAAGAUUGCCAAGCGUGAUUUAUUCCAGCGAGCGGCCGAUGUGAUUGACAAGCCAAACAAAGCUGGCCGCUUCAGGGUUCUGUAUGAUGGUGACAACGGCGAGUGGGAACCUCAACGAUCCAUCUUCAACAUUGUCGAUCGCCAAGACCGGGUACCUCUAAGCGACAUCACCAGGGAAGGCUACAUGCACAACCUCAUGAACGUGGCGAAACCUGCGUUUGAGAGGACAGGCCUGAACGUCAUUGAGCCAUGUGCUAAGCCGCGGGCGUCUGCGCCUCCGAUUGAGUUGUACUGCGCAAGCCAGGGUGUUAUUGCCGAGCAGCAGACGACGCUGUUCAACAUGUCCAUCCGUAAUACUUUGUUUGGGGUGCCAGAAAAGGCGGAGCUCAACUUGCUCGAGUCGAAGACGGACAGCACCGCUCUGACAGUGCGCGACAAGCUUCCACCGCCUACCAACGAGCGAACACGAUACACACACAUCGAGGCGCCAUCCAUGUCACGAUUCGUCACAGACUCUGGCAAGUUGGCCCAGCUGGACGCACUGCUCAAGGAGCUCAAAGCCGGCGAUCAUCGUGUCCUGCUCUACUUCCAGAUGACGCGAAUGAUCGACCUGAUGGAAGAAUACCUGACGUACAGAAACUACAAGUACUGCCGUCUCGACGGCUCCACCAAGCUCGAAGACCGUCGCGACACGGUCGCCGACUUCCAAAGCGACCGCUCCAUCUUUGUCUUUUUGCUGUCCACGCGCGCCGGUGGUCUAGGUAUCAACCUGACCUCGGCCGACACGGUCAUCUUCUACGACUCCGACUGGAACCCCACCAUCGACUCGCAAGCCAUGGACCGCGCCCAUCGUCUCGGCCAAACCCGCCAAGUCACCGUCUACCGACUCAUCACGCGCGGCACCAUCGAGGAGCGCAUCCGCAAGCGCGCCCUCCAAAAGGAAGAAGUCCAACGCGUCGUCAUCUCUGGUGGCGGCGGGGCCGGCGUGGACUUUAACACGCGCUCGCGCGAGAAUCGGACAAAGGACAUGGCCAUGUGGCUCGUGGACGAUGAUCAGGCGGCGGAGAUUGAGAAGAAGGAGGCGGAGCUUGCGGAGCAGGAGAAGAAUGCACCGCAGGGCAAGAAGCGCAAGAAUGCGCGUAAGCGGGUCGAGGCGAAUCUGGAUGACAUGUAUCAUGAAGAACCUCUUGUCGCUAACACAAGUCCCAAAUCAGGCGAAGGCCAUUUCGACGAAAGCGCCAAGCCAAGCGGGGCCGCGACACCGAUUCCCGCCCCGGACGCGGCGGCAGGCAGCGGCAAGAAGAAGAAGGGGAUGAGUAAGAAGGCGAAGACGGCGAAGCAGCGGCUUGCGGUUGCGGAUGGCGAGGUGUGA